CAUCCACACACACCCCUGCAUAUUCACAUCCUUGAACACAUGAAGACGUGGCUCUACACAGGGGAUGUAUUUUUAUUUUUUAUUGCCAUAUAGUUUACAUGUAAUACAGUAUACAGAUCUUAAGUGUUCAAUUAGAUGGUUUUGACAGUUUACACCCUUGCGACCACCACCCAAAACAAACUAUAGAACAUUUUCAUUAUUCUAGAAAGUUCCCUCAUGCUCCUUUCCAUUAGUCUCUCCAAACAGCUACUUCCUGAUUUCUAUCACUAUAGAUUCGUUUUGCCUGUUCUUCAAUGUAUAUUUUUAUAUACAAAUAUACAAAUGCAUUGACAGCCUCGUUGCCCCACUCUCACAUAUACACAAGCCCCACACAUCCAUAUCCACUGACCGUUUUUUACCCUACAAUAGGCUUAGGCCACGGUCAUGAUUUUUGCUGUUGGGUACGUGUAUUAUAUGCUAACCUAUGUUCUCUUCAACCCUACAGUCAUACCUCAAGUCAAGUAUUUUGGAUCUUUCCUUUCAGGUCCUUGAGCUAAAAUGAAGAGUCAGAAAGGUGGUAAUCAUUCCACCUUGCAUGGGAGUUUAUUUGCCUCUGUGUGCUCUAGGGUAUUGGAAAAUGGGGACGUGUUUUAAGCCAGAACUGUAUUUAGAUAAAUAGCUUUCACUUUUAGUUGUGGCCCAUACCUGCUGGAAGUCAAAGGAUUUGGCUCUCCAACAUACAUUCCAGCCCAACAACUAGGAGGUGGUAGACUGGCGACAGCAGAGGCAGCCAAAAGCUGCUGGCAAGGCACUCCCAAGAACAGAGAGGUGCCGAGGGAGGCGGAUCUAAGUCAGGAGCAGAGCCUUCAGUCCUGAGGCCAGCCAGAGGUCAGGGAAGUGAGGGCAAAGCUGUGAGCCUGGUCGGGGCAAAGGUCCCAUGUCAGAGGAACAGAGGGUGGGGCCUAGGCCCAGUCAAGGAGCGGAGGAGAAGCAUGUGCUGGAGGCAGAGUUGGAGGAGGUGAGACCAGACGUGGUGGUCAUGGCCUUUGGGAGACUGUUGCAGUUCCUACCUCUGACAGCUGACUUGCUGCGUGGGUAGGCCUGUCCCCCUCACAGGACCACUAGGGUACCUCUCAAGGGUGUAGUGGGCCUAGGUUUGGGAACAUGGAAGUGAAAGCAAGAUAGAAGACAAGGGACAGGGAUGUGGGCAGCUGGUCUAGGCCUCUGGCCCAUACCUCUUGCUUCCAAAAUACAGAGAUACUAGCGGUCGCUAACAGUCGGACCUGGCGCCCCUCUGAACUAAGAGACACAUUUCAGGACCACUUCUGGCCAGGGACUAUGUCUUCUAGCUUUGUCAAGGUUAAGGCCACAAAGAACAUGUCAGGCCGGAAUCGAGGAAAGACUGUACCAGGUCCCUUAGGAUCCUGGCCCCCAGGCCACACCAUAGGCUCCCCUUGCUUAUAAACUUGGCCAGCUCCUGCUCCGGUCUUUGUCCUGAGAUUCUCUGCAUGGUGCUUUAUGUCUACUGGACUUGUAGCUAUCAGAGGCUCCUAGAUGGAGUUGCAAAGAGAAAAGAAAGGUAGGAGUAAAGGAACAUCUGUUUCCUAACCUCCUGCUCAAUGCCAGGCCGAGUGCUGGGCAAUUUAUGUCAGUUGUCUCAACAUAACAUCCCUCCACCUUCCCAGUGUGUAUCACUGCCUCAGUUUACAGGUGACGGCACUGAUGUCUGUCACUGCAUUUAAGCCUUGGUCAUCCUAGUACAGCCUCAGUUCCCUGCAGAGAACCAGGGCAUAGUGAAGUUGGCUGUGGACCCCGACUUGUAUCUGUGCAGUCCUCUGGUCCCUGCUCAGCCUGAGCCAGGAGCCCAAAGGGAAGCUGAUGGUCUGGCUCAUCUUACCCACUGGAAGCAAAUCCCAUCACUUGUGUCCGCCGAGACUGACUGGGGCUGAACGCUAGACAGAGCUCUCAGUGUCCUGGAACUCCUCUGACAGCAAUGGUGUCAAUGAGGAUGGAAGGCUCCAGGCCUUGGUCAGGCACAGGGAGGCAAGAAGGGCUGGGUUUGGUCUGUUUCCCUCUUAGUCUCAGGCUAUGCCUACCCCUAAUGAAACACCCCUUCCCAACUGGCAGUUUUCCCCAGAUACAGACACGUGCUCUCACUGGAUCUGAGCUCACCAGUCCACCUGUCUCCAGACAGCCCUGUGCUGACUGGGAGAGAGAGCCACACACUAGCUCCCUGGUUUGAAGAAAGGCUGGGCCAUCACUGGAAGGGUAAAGACCCUUCCUGCUGGUGGGUGGCCAGUGUGCAGGGACAAGGACUGUGUCGGCACCCUGCUCUCCUGACAGCGUAAGUGGGUCUGCUUGCCACCCGGAAAGUUGUGUGAAUUUCUCAGACUGGUCACUUCUUAGGAGGAUCAAUCUGUCUCUCGCCCCAUCAAGCUAGACCCCCAGAGGUGCUCUCUCUGACCCCUCUUCCCACCUGCCUGCCCAUUCCCCUGCAAGAACUAUCACAUUAACUGCCCGGAAACUCUCUUAUAAAGAGCUGUGCUGUGCUGAGAGUCCAAAGGGGGAUGUCUUAAACUUACCAUUUUGACACCACUGUUUUGAGCAGUCACUAGGAAAAGGAGACUUGUUAGAAAUAAUCGAUAUGAAUGGAACUCAGCGGGAGAAACCAUGCUCAGUGAAGCCUGAUACGAUAAAAAUCUGAUUAAGGAAUCAAAUCUUUAUUGUAAGAUUCACACACAAAAAAGACUUGGUCUUGGCAAAAAUAAUUUUGGCUAAACAAAAUUGAAAGGGAAAAAAUUGGAAUUGGUUAACUAUGAAAUAAAAUCAAAUAAGGAAGUAAAGUGGGUUAAUGGAAUUCACUAAGGAAAAUGCUUUGGGCAAAAACUCAUCAAUGUUGGUUUAAUGGUUUUAUGUAAAAGCUCAGUAUCAAAAUAUUCUUAGGGCCCAAACGGUGGAGCUAAGACGUCUUAAACCCUGCAGAGUUCAGAGUGGCGCUGGGAGGGACGUUGGUGCUCAGUCCUCCUGACUAGCCAUGCCCCUCGUCUCACUCACACGAGCCACGCUGUGAGCUUCAGGCACUGCUCUCCCCCUUUUGCACUUUCCCGGCAGGUGAGCGGCUGUCUUGCUUGACCAGGGAGAGUGCCCCUUUUGGGAAGGAGGGAGGUCUGAAGGAGUUGAUCCCUGGGGCUGGUUGGUUUGUACCUGAAUGCCUGGAGACAGUCCCUCAGCUGGUGAAUGAAGAGAUGGAGCUUGUAAUGGGGGAAAGUAGCUGGGAGCUCCAGGGUGGGCCCGGAGCCACAGACCAGAUAGGUUAGGAGCCAGCUGUUGGGUUAGCUUAACAAAGUUGUGGGACUAGACACAGAGUCCAUCCUGUUACCACUUCCAAAAUGGCCUAGACAUGGCUUUCGGAGGCACAGGACCUGGGAGCUGACUGGGGGUGGGGGUGGGGAGGUCCUAAGGAGGAAUCUAACUGUGGCAUCUAUAUGUAUGGCAUCAAGUCAAGAUGGCCCCGUUGGUGAAGGCAGGAAUGGUGACUAACAAUUUAUUCAUUCAAAACAUUGAGCACUACUCUGCCCCGAAAAUCCCGUGCCCUGGGUGGGGAUACAGCAGUGAACAAGAAGGACAGGAUCCCAGCCCUUAUGACCUGUACGUUCCGGUGGGGGGAGACUGCUGAUAAAGCAAGCAAUCGAAUGAGCCUGAUAAUGUCAGAUAACAGCUAGUGGGGCGAAGACAAAGAAACUCGUAUUUUGAGAGAUCGCCCUGACCACCAUGUGAAGAUUAGACUGUAGGGAGAAAGCAAGAGGCAAGAAGUCCUGUUGGGAAGUGUUAUAUCAUCAGGAGAGAGAAGAUCGUACUUGGUCUAGGAUGUUAGCCCUAGAGGUGGAGAGAAAUGCAUGCAUUUGGAAUAUAUUUAGAUAGUAGAGCUAAUAGAUUGGAUGUGAGGGGCCGAGGGACUCGGAGUUGUGUGGAGUUGAGUGACUAGGUGGAUAAUGAUGCUGUUUAUUGAGACUGAGAAGACUACAGGACAAACCAUUAUUGGAGAUGUGGGGCUGUGUGGAUUAAAAGUUCUGUUCUGGCCAUAUUAUAUUUGAGAUGCCCGUCAGGCAUCCCAGUGGAGUUGGGUGCCCAGUGGAGAGCUCGAGCUGGGGCUGCAGUUUGGGACUCAUUGGUAAACAAGUGGUAUAUUCAAGGGGCUAGACGAAGCACCUAGACUCAAGAUCUUAGAGUGGUGGUUCUUAACUAGCAGUGACUUUGCCCUUUUCUUUCAGGGGACAUUUGGCAAUGCCUGGAAACAUUUUUGGUUGUUACAACUGGGUGGGGGAAGGUUUGCUACUGGUAUCUACUGAGUAGAGGCCAGGGAUGCUGCUCAGCAUCCUGCAAUGCACAGGUCAGCUCCCUACAACAAAGAAUUAUCUGGCCCCAAAUGUCAGUGGUGCUGAGGUUGGGAAGUCCUGUCCUAGAGUGAGAGUGUGGAUAGAGAAGAAAAGAUGGCUCUGUCCAAGGGGCCUUCUUCUGUGAAGAACAGAGCCUCCUGCAAAGAAGACUGAGCAGGAACAGUCUGAGAAGCGGGAUGGAAGCCUAGAGAGUGUUGGGGAAGGAGGAGUGCUCAACUGGGCUAAAUGCUGCUAAGAGACGCCUUUGUUUGAGCCCAGAGAGAAGUGACUAAUGGCUUAGGCAAGAUGGACUUUGUUGAUGACCUUGAGAAGAGCGGUUUCUGUGGUUUGAUGGGGUUAGAAGCUCCAGGGGAGAAGGUUGUGCCAAUAGCCAACAAUUACUGAGUGUUUCCUCCCUGCUCAGAAUGCCUUACGUCUGUAAUUUCAUUAAUCCUCAUUUUACAGAAGUGGCAAUACUGUCAUUACCCCUGUUUUACAGGGGUGGAAACUGAGGCACAGAGAGGCUAAUUACUCCCCAAGGUCAGGCAGCCGAUAGUGGCAGAGCCAGGAUUUGGACCUUUAGAGUUUGGAGGUGAGGAAGCGGAGGCAGUGGGUCAACACUAGGCUUUUGAGAAGCCUUGCUGUAAAGGCGAACAGCGACAGGUACAGUAGUGGGUGUUUGCAUGCCGGCAGGAAUGAUCCGUGUGGAGGCUGGAAUUGGUGACGGAGGGUAGGCUGAGAACCGAAGUCUUGAGGAGGUGAGAAGGAUCCAGGGCCUGUGUCCACGGGGUGGCCUCUCCCGGGAGCAUCGUACUGGUGACUCUGAAGUGGACCCUAACUGUUGAUGGCUGAUUUGGUUUUGUGUGAACCAAUAGAGCUUUACAACAUCUUGAAUCAGGUCACAAAACUAUCCAGAUUGACUGAACCCAACUAUCUCUGUUUAUUGGAUGUGCGUUCCAAACGGGAGUAUGAUGAAAGCCAUGUGAUUACGGCCCGUCGAGUGAAGAAGAAGGCAAAUGAAUAUCUUAUCCCGGAGUCUGUGGAUCUGGAGUGCGUGAAAUACUGUGUGGUGUACGAUAACAACACCAGCUUCCUGGAGAUCUUAAGACACAGCAGUGAUGAUGACGUCUCUGAUGAGAGCAGAGAAGGACCGGUUCUCGGAGCCGCCAUUAAGUGUGGCAAAGCCCUGACCCACCUCACCCGCCACCCUGUCCGUAUCCUGAAGGGGGGCUAUGAGCGCUUCUCGGCCAUGUACCACUUCUUCCGGACGCAGAAGAUCAUCUGGAUGCCGCAGGAACUGGAUGCAUUUCAGCCAUAUCCUGUUGAAAUAAUGCCAGGCAAGAUCUACCUGGGCAAUUUCAGGCAAGCCUGCGACCCUAAAAUUCAGAAGGAUUUGAAAAUCAAAGCACAUGUCAAUGUCUCCAUGGAGACAGGGCCGUUUUUCACAGGUGACGCUGACAAGCUGCUGCAUAUCCAGAUAGAAGAUUCCCCGGAAGCCAACAUUUCCCCCUUUUUACGCCACGUCUGUCACUUUGUUGAGGUCCUGGGCCUAUGUCAAGAAGUGCCAAAACAACAUGUGUCCAAAUCAGGGCUUGGUGACUCAGCUGUUGGAGUGGGAGAAGAUCGUCCUUGGAGACUUGGUCACAGACAUCAAGGAUCUCUACUGAUCUUCUCUGUGGCCCAGCUAUGGGUCCUGAAGAACCUUGGUUGGGGGCAUGUUGUGUAUAGUGGGCCAAAGGCAGUAACCAGGUUGAUGUGGAAGGAGAAGGCCUCUGCUGCCUGGAACCUCAUGUCAGCCUCCUGCAGUGGUUCUUCCCAGGCUCCUCCUUCACACCACACAGCAGGUGCAGUCUGCUCGGACUCAGCGACUGCCCCCAUCCCUGGGGCAUUCUGGACCACCCCCACUGCACUCCUGAGGCUGCCUCUGGAAGGCUGCCAGAGCAGCUGCCCCACGUGCCCCCAUGACUUGGAGGCUGCUUGGGGGGAGCUCCAGGGGUUCCCACCUUGUGCUGGUCCAUAGGGGGUGUCACAGUACUCGCCCAUGAGUGGAGAUCCCCCAGCCCCAGCCUAGGCCCUGGCCCCAGGCUCCACGGCUCUGAGAGGCUCCUGGCACAAGCGCACAGCCUUGCCUCAUCCCCUGCCCGCCUCAAACGGAAGCCCAAGUCCUCAAGGAGUGGGGUUUUGCCAGAGGUGUAAGGGCUUUUCAGGCAGCACGGGCUUUAUUCGGGGUCUGAGCUGGGACAGAGCCUAGGGAUGGCUGCAGAGCAACGGCUGUCGGUUAGGGAGCUCCUGGUAGGCAGGGCAGAGCCGUUGGAAAGUUUUGGGCAGGGACAUGGUGGGGAUUAGUCUUCUGUUUUAGGAAGGGCCGUCUGGUGGCUGUGUGAAGGGACAGUAGCAGUGAGCCUGAGGCAGAGAGACAGUAAGGUGGCUGCUAUAAAAAUCCAGGCGAGAGAAGAGGCUCGUAAUCCCGUCCCCGCAGAGGCGCCGCUUCCCAAGGGCGAAAGUGUUUGAGGCAGGUGUCACCUCCCUGGGCCUUGGUUUACUUC